GCAGGACUCGCUCAAGCAAGUCACAACAAAUAUUUUAUUCUAGUCAGUUAUAAGAAUUGUUAAGAGUUAAAAAUAAGAAAACAAAUAAUAUAUACGAUGCAUAAUUUGGAUUCAGACAGUGAAGAUGAAUUACCUCCAGGUUGGGAAGAAAAAUCCACCGAAGAUGGAAGUGUUUACUUCGUAAACACAUGCACAUCCAAAACCCAAUGGACUCAUCCACGCACAGGCCGUAAGAAAGUUAUACCAAAAGAAUUGCCCUUUGGCUGGUCGAAAACUGUAGAUGAAGAGGGGAAGACUUUAUAUGUUCAGCAGGAAACUGGUCACAAGACUUACGUGGAUCCCCGACUAGCUUUUGCUAAGGAGGAGAAAAAACAUGUGCAUGAUUUUAGGCAGAGGUUUGAUGCAUCUUCAACUGCAUUUCAAAUUUUACAUGGUGUAGAUUUGUAUGGAAAAUAUGCCAUGAUAACGGGCUGCAACACAGGCAUUGGUUAUGAGACGGCAAAGUCUCUAGCGCGUCAUGGAUGCAAGAUAUUAUUGGCCAAUCGGAAUAUGGAAGCCACCCAAACAGCCAUAGAAAACAUUGUGAAAGAAACAAAUGCUGCUCAAGAAAAUUUAAAAGCCAUCCAACUUGAUUUGUCAUCCUUACAAAGUGUGAAAAAGUGUGCAACGAUGGUGAAGACAUUAUUUUCUGAUCAUCUUGAUAUGCUGAUACUGAAUGCUGGAGUAUUUGGUAUCCCAUUCACAGAGACUGAAGACAACUAUGAGACAACAUUCCAGGUGAACCAUCUGAGUCAUCUAUAUCUGGCUAUCUUAUUGGAAUCACUACUUAAAAAAGGCUCAAAGGUGAUUUUUGUUUCUUCUGAGUCCCAUCGUUUUGCCAGCCUAAAGAACCUAUUUGCACAGCAGAGCCUUUCAGUGUCUAAGGACCAGUACAGUGCAAUGAUGGCUUACAACAAUUCUAAACUCUUCAAUGUUAUAACCGCAAAGAUCCUGAGCGAGGAAUGGAAAGGCAAAGGCAUUUGCGUCAACUCACUUCACCCGGGCAACAUGGUGUAUACCAACCUGAGCAAGUCUUGGUGGCUGUACAGGCUAGCGUUCACGUUUGUCCGACCUUUCACCAAAUCUUGGCAACAAGCAGCCGCCACGACAGUGUACGUAGCAACGGCGGCGGAGCUCGAAGGCGUCACGGGACUGUAUUUCAACAACUGCUUUUACUGUGAAGAGUCCGCUUUAUGCAGGGACAAGGAUAUAGCGAAUGAAGUCUUCGCUUUGUCGCUAAGAAUGAUAGAACAACGCGUAGACCCCGAUGGCCUUCAGAAAUAUUUGCAGAAAUAUUGCCCAUCUAGUAGUAGUGUUCAAGCUUAAGGCCCAAUUACAAAAUGUAUAAAGAACCAUGAUGUGCGAUAUCAUAUAACUUAUUUACAUCAUGUUAAUAUUGUAUCUUGUAGUAGGUAUGUUAGACGUAAUAGUCGUUUACUCUACGGAUGAGGAACUGGUUUGAACGGUUCUCUGCCUUUACGCCGAAAAUUGUAUUGCAGAAUUUCACUUGGCAACCAACUUUUCGCCAAAGUUUCAUUUGGCCGAAUUUCAUUUCCCAACUUUACAUAAUCCAACCUAAUCUAACCCAACCUAGUACGUCAUUUUCAUUUCGCAACUAUGGGGUUGGGAAAUGAAAUGUUUGCGAAAUAAUUAUUUGGUAACGAUUGGUUUGUCAAAUUAAACUUUGGCGAAAAGUUGGUUGUCAGCGUUGAGUACAGCGGUUUGGUUAGCGGUACUCAACCUGCGGCCCGCCAGGUGAUACUGGUAUAGAUUACAUACCUAACCUUGCCAUUCGAACGUCACCUUUAAACAAAUUCGUCUUGCGGCGCGAGGCUACGAAGGUAAAACCGUGUUUUUGGCCCUCAUAAAUUGUUGAGUACCUCUCUUCUUCUUCUUCCUGCCCUUAUCCCACGUUAUGUGGGGUCGGCACAACAUGUUUUUCUCUUCCAUUCUCCUCUAUCUUUCGUCACCUCAGCACUCACUCCUUUCUUUCUCAUAUCCUCUUUCACACAAUCCAUCCAUAGCUUUUUGGGUCUACCAUACGCUCUCCGUCCAUCAACAUUCAUCCCUAACAUUCUUUUGCCUAUAUGGCAUUCAUCCCUCCUCAUCACAUGCCCAUACCACGCUAACCUACUACUUCUUAUCUUCUCCGUUACUGGUGCUACUUUCAAACUUCCCCUAAUAUACUCAUUCUUAAUCCGAUCCUUUCUCGUCACUCCACACAUCCAUUGUUGAGUACCUACCGCUGCUUAAAGGGGCCCAUUAACUAUGUCCGAUAGCCGCCGGACGAUAUCGGCCUGUCAGUUGUUCGGAACUGUCAAAUUUUUGUUCUAACUCUGGUUAACACUCCCUUUGUUCAUGUUCUUGCUAAGUUUAUGAAAUAUGUUAAUAUCAAGCUCUAGCCCCUUUCAAAAGUUUUUACCUGUUUGUUUAUUCAAACCAAACUUUCCUCUAAGGUUUCCUUUAAAAAAAAAGAUGAUCCUGAUCCUGGCAGUUGGCUCAUUACUUUCUAUAGUUCCUAUUGGUUUUUCUGAACGCCCCCUUUUUAACAAUCUUUUAUUAGGUCGACCUGUAUGUAACUAUGUAAUGGAAUCUAAGGUAAUUAAUUUAACCAUCUUCAAAGGACCGUAGCGUCAUGAAAAUUGGCAGCUGUAUGUAGUUCUGAUGACAAUACAAUAAUAUAUUACUGAUCUGAUGAUGGAGCCGGAAGAUAUGAACUGGAACUUCAUGAUGGAAUCAACUAAAUAUGUAAUGGAAUCUAAGGUAACUAAUUUAACCAUCUUCCCGGUUUCCGAUGAAGCUGAAAAUUUGCAUACCCAUGUAAGUCGGGUGACAAUGCAAUAUUAUGGUACCAUCAAGCUGAUCUGAUGAUGAAGACAGGAGGUGGUCAUAGGAACUCUGCGAUAAAACAACGCAACCUAAUUGUGUGGGGUUUUUAGAAUUGUCUCGAUGAGUAUUAGUUGCCUGUGGAAAAAAAGUACAGUCAGCGAUAAAAGCUAGUACCAAAAAUGAAAUUUUUGCCAAAAACAUUUCUAUUUUUAUUCCUAUAGAAGUUUAGAUUCUUCAACCGCUCAAGCAUCUACACGGACUGGAUCAAGAUCUGAUACUGAAAUUUUGCUCCCACAACCUUGAUACUGGCAAAAUUGUCCCAAUGGACAGAUGCCAUAAGAACCAAGAACUGAACUGAACUGACAGGCCGAUAUCAUACGACGUAUGAAAGGUAGAGGGUAGAGGUACUCUAUAGAGAGAGAGUAAGAGAUAGUCAGUAGGGGCCCCUAUUUAUACUGUUCUAGAGGGAGGUCUAAAGUUAGACUAAGAAGUGGGUAAGUUUUUAUGCAUUUAAUACAUCAGUAUUUUUAAAGGAAAAAGGUGCUAUAAUAAAUAUUGUAUUUAAAAUGAAGUUUAAUAAAUGAAUACUAUAAUACUAAUUACAAAAAUUAUACUAGCUGUA